GACAUAGAUUGUACUGCUGUAUGGGAUACAUUCAAGCAGGCCUUUGUUAUGAAGAAUCAGUCCGACAUUUCACCAGAGAGUUAUAAAUAUUUUGUACAAAAUGCAGCGAUUACAAUACCUAAGAAUAAGGCUUUAUUCUGGAGCAGGACAAAAGAGGAUGCUUUUCAGUUUGCAAAUGUUGCUGGAUACGUUACUUUAGAAAAAACACUUAUUGGUUUGCUGGGAGAUGGCCUGGUAUGGUGUGGAGAAAAUGACAAUUCUGAGUUGGCUGAGGAGUGUCUCGAUCCUUUUACAAAUGGAACUGCUACUGGAUCAUUCUGGAACAAGAUGUCAGAAACUUUUGCAAGAACUGCAAGUGGUGAAGUCCAGGUUUUGCUGAAUGGAUCUACAGGUCUUGCCUUCAAUUCAUCUAGCACUUUUGGAAGUGUUGAAGUGUAUAGCUUAGAUCCCAACAAGGUCUCUACCAUGAAUAUCUGGAUUCUGUAUUACUUCAAUGGAUCAGACUGGGUAAUAAAGGAAUCAUGUAAAGGUCAUUCAAUAGAAAAACUGAAGGACAUCUUAACGGCAAAGAAUAUAACUUCCUCCUGUACUGAAAACAAUAGAAAACUGAUUCAUAUUCAGUGUGCAAGAUUUUCUAAUGAAUCCAUCUAUGAACUCUGUCUCAGUGGAGUGAGCAAUAUAGAUAUGACAUUUUCGACAACAACAUUGUUAGCUAUAAUUAUUGCAAUUCACAAAUGGUUUGAAGAACUUGUUUUGCAUUCUUAACAUUCAUGUUUAUGACAUCUACCAAAUGUUAUUGUUUUAAUUUAUGUAAGAGAUACUUGAAUACAGUUUAGCACUGAUGAAGGAUGACAUUUGUAGAAGCUCCAUUUAUUAUCUCCUAGUAACUAAUUUCAAAAGAAUAUUGCUUCAUUAAAAAAUAGACAAGAUAUUUAAAAAUCUGUCAGGCAUAAUGUGAAGCUUAUCUGUAGCAGUUUUAUAGAUUAAGGUAAUAAUAUUCAGGUAAAACAUGAUAGAUAUUUAACUGUGAUCUAGUAACCUAGUGAUUCAUUGAACUGUUAUAUGCAUGAUGUAUGUACUUGCAUAUGUAAUCUGUCCAUAAUGGUACAUCUUAGAUCUGUCCUUUAAACUUGUCAUCAUAAUAACAGGUAAAUAAAAUAAACUGUUGUUGUGGUUACCUAAAUGCUGUGUAACACCAUUAAACCAAUUGUAGCUUGUGUUUCUCUUGCAAUUACGAAAUUCUCUUAUACUGUAAAUAAAACUGGAAAUAUG